UGGCAGCAGCAUGGGGACAUGGUCCUGCUGAGUGAGGACAGCUUCAGGAGUGCGUCGUGGGAGAAGCUGGGUCCGAUGCUCUGGGAGACAGUCGCCUCAGCUCUGGGUGCCCGGCGGCUGGCCAGGCGAGGACGAGUGUUGCCAGAUGGGAUGCGGUCCCCCAGUGUCACCCUGUUGCUGGGCCAGGAUGGCUGGGUGGAGCACGUGGACAACGGGAUCAGGUACACGUUUGAUGUGACCAAGUGCAUGUUCUCACCGGGCAACAUCACAGAGAAGCUGCGGGUGGCCUCGCUGCCCUGCUCCAGGGAGGUCCUGGUGGAUCUCUAUGCAGGCAUCGGCUAUUUCAAGCUCUUUUUCCCGCUGCCGUACCUGGUUCAUGCAGCAGCCGCCUUCGCCCACGCCUGCGAGUGGAAUGGCCACGCUGUGGAGGCCCUGCGGAGGAACCUGGUGCUGAACGGCGUGCAGGACCGCUGCCGCAUCCACCACGGGGACAGCCGGCAGCUGGAGCUGCAGGACGUAGCAGACCGGGUGAACCUGGGGCUGAUUCCCAGCUCAGAGGAAGGCUGGCCAGUGGCCUGCCGCGUCCUGAAGAAGGGCACGGGUGGGGUUCUCCACAUCCACCAAAAUGUGGAGAGUUUCCCCACAUGGGACCCCCCACAGACCCCGAUCCUGUGGGCUGAGAGAGGAUCUCUGGAGGAAGCCAGCUCUGACAGAGUGAUGCAGCGUCAGAGCCCAACAGAGGACAGCAGGAAGGAGACACCAGCAGCCAGGAUCAGACCUGAGUGGCAGAGGUGGGCUGAGGACACGGCGGCACGGAUCCAGGGGCUGCUGGCAGAGCUGCAUGGGCAGCCGUGGCGCACCAGCAUCCAGCACAUCGAGGCAGUGAAGUCCUACGCGCCCCACGUUCAUCACCUCGUGCUGGACCUCGAGUGCCGGCCGACGCUGCACGCCUAG